CUGUAUGGUACAACUGAUGUCUUUAUUGGUACGAUCUACUGAAAAAACCGUAUGUGUUUGACUAUGCAGGAGGAUAACGUUGCUUAGCUAGCUUGGUCACUUGCUAGAAAGCUACGCAAUAGCAUUAGCUAACCUCAUUCUGCGAUACAACCUCGAGACAAGUCGGGACAAGACCAGUCUCAGGGCUCACCAUACUCAAUGAGCGGACAGCGCAAUGUCAGAGCGCUCUGGGCAAACUGCAAAGGGGAAGGAAGGCAAAACCAAGUAUGCGUCUCUCAACCUGUUUGAUACAUACAAAGGAAAGAGCCUUGAAACACAAAAGCCUGUUGUUCCCCCCCGCCAUGGCCUGCAGUCUCUUGGUAAAGUUGCCUCCGCACGGCGUAUGCCACCACCUGCCAACCUGCCCAGUCUGAAGGCAGAGAACAAAGGCAACGAUCCAAACGUCUCGCUCGUUCCCAAAGACGGCUCAGGAUGGGCAAGCAAACCGGAACAAGCGGACCCAAAGAGUACCGAUGCAUCGCCAGCACCGCAGCUGGAAUUGCAGCAGCCUGUGGCUUCACCGACACCUGCACCGACCCGCCCGAGAACCCCGCCAGCUUCAGAGCCUCUGGCGCCAGCUUCAACCCAGGCCGUAGGGGCAAAGUCUUGGGCACAGGCCAGUGUUACACAUGGAACACAAGGGGAUGGUGGAAAGGCAUUAAACCAACAGUCGCCAUUCUCUCGCGAGGAAUUUCCCACCCUGCAGGCGGCUGGCGACCAGGACAAAGUUGGCAAAGAACAGGGCACUGCAGAUCAGUGGUAUGGGCCCGGACCAAGCCUCCGCCCCCAGAACGUUACAAGUUGGCGGGACGGUGGGGGCCGAGCCAUGGCGCCCACCCUGUCUGGGGAGGGGGCAGUGGAGGGUGGCCCUGGUGGGGUUCUGGUGAUGGAUGGGGUAGCUGGGGUCCCCAAUCCGAACUCUCAGUCCCACGGGCCACCUAGGAACCCUCCCGCAGGCAGCCCUGCCUUGCCACUGCCCCAGCCCCCUGUGGGACCUGGGUUCCCCCAAUACAGAGGGAUCAUGCCUCCAUUCAUGUAUCCUCCCUACCUGCCCUUUCCAGGUCCUUAUGGCCCACAGGGGCCCUACAGGUACCCGGGACCCGGGGAAGGGCCCCCGCCAAGGUUCAGGCAGGCUGGUCCUCAGGGCGGCCCACGGGACGGAGGUGGAGAGGUGGUGAAGCGACCCUCUAUCCUAAAGCAGGAUGACCUGAAGGAGCUAGAUGAGCUGGACCAUGACGGAGAUGAGGGAUGGGCAGGGGCUCAUGAGGAGAUUGAUUACUCCGCCAAGUUGAAGUUCAGUGAUGAUGAAGGAGAUGAAGAGGGGGAAGAGGAGAGAUCCGAGAGUAAGAAUGACUUGCGUGAGCAGCAGAGGUCCCAGGAUGCUCCCCCGGCAGCCUCUCGCUCUCGAGCCUCGGACAGCGGUGGAGACACUCGCCGCACCCCCCCCUGUAAUGCUGAAAAUGGUCUGCAACCACCCUCCAGCAAGCCAGGAUGGGCCGAGGAGGGAGGUGCUGGCGUGGGGGGCCAGGGAGCCCCAACAAACUUCCAGGACCGGGCCCAAAACCAGGGUGCCUCUCAAGGCUCGGGGAAGCCGCUGCCCGCCCAGCAUCAGCCAGCACCAGGAGGCCCCUCUCCACCUGCCCAGCCCGGCCUGCUGGCCCCUGGUCCUCAGGACAACGAUGAGGAUGAGACUUGGCGUCAGCGCAGGAAGCAGUCCUCCACUGAGAUCUCUGCUGCGGUAGAGCGAGCCCGACGCCGCCGUGAGGAGGAAGAACGUAGGAUGGAGGAGGAGAGACGCGCGGCCUGCGCAGAGAAGCUGAAGAGGCUGGAUGAGAAGCAGCAACAGCAGCUGGGCAGCAACACAGACGGUGGUAGCGAAUGUAAAAGCCCCAGUCUUGAUGGAAACUCUACUGCUGCCACAGGAGGCAGCCCUAGUCCAUCUGUUUCAGCCUCUGCAUCCUCCCCUAACAUCAGCCAGCCCCCAUCCCCCUGUGUUGACUCCGAGGAGCCUCCAGUGUUGCUUGUCCAGCCGGGAUCCAGUCCUGGAAUCAUCGACCGUCAGCGAGCCAGCAGCAACAGCAGCUAUGACUCCAGUGCAGAAGCGCAACAGUGUCCCCAGCCGGCUGUGUCACAGCCCCUGCAGCCCACACUGGAUGUUCCUUUGCCAGGGGAAAACAAGGAAGAGGCCAUCAGUGCUCCGCACAUUCGUGCUAGUAGUGGAGGUGAAAGAGGAGGCGACCCUGUAAAGAUAGAGAAUAUCGGAGGUCGUCAAGCUGGAGGUCCUCCUGGCCAGGGUUACUCGAAGUACCAGAAGUCUCUUCCACCUCGAUUUCAGAGGCAGCAGCAGGAGCAGCUCCUGAAGCAGCAGCAGCAGUGGCAGCAACAGCAGCAGCAGCAGCAGCACAGCCAGGCAUCACAAAGCCAGCUGUCCCCCCAGCCACAGCCUCAGCAGGGUCCUUCCCCGGGUUCAACACCCCAGCCGGGCCCUGGGCCUAAGCAGGGAGGACCCAUGUAUCAACCCGGCAACAUGGUCCGACCCCCGCCCCUGCCAAUGAAUUUCGACCCUCGCUGGAUGAUGAUGCCCUACAUGGAUCCCCGCAUGAUGCAAGGCCGCCCUCCCCCUAUGGACUACUAUUCAGCAGGCAUGCAUCCGUCUGGGCUUAUUGGGCGUGAACGAUCUGACUCAGGGGGAUCUGGUUCAGACCCCUUUGAUAGGCAGCAACAGCAUCCCGGGCACCCUCACCGUGGAACCCCCCCUAUGGAUCCUAAGCUGGCCUGGGGGCAGGAGGUAUUCCCUGGUGGAGGGGAGGGCCGUGGACUAACCUCCCCCCUCAGACAGAAGCAGGCAUUGGAGGAGGACGAUGUGGCCAAAGGGCCCAGGAGCGACACUCCUCCUCAUCGCAUUCAAGAGGCUCGAUUGGGACCCAUCCAGCAGCCCAGCUCCACCUCUGGCACAUCCAAUCAGACACCACCACCAGUUGGCAAUCAAGUUGGGACCCAGGGCCACCACCCUCAUCACUACAUGAGUGGGCGGGGCAACUACAGCAACUUCCCUGACCAGGGUGCGAGGAUGCAUCCCCACCAACAACAGAGAGCGGAGAGGGGAAAUCAGCAGCACAGCUAUACCCAUCAGGAAGAAGGACCUCCACGAGGGUCUCAGCAGGGACAGAUAUGGGGAGCCCCUCACCCUCAUUACGAUCGCAACGGCCGUACUGACCAUCCCCCUAUUGAGAGCAGCUCUCAUCUCCACCACCAUCACAGCCACCACCCUCAGCAGCCUCACUUCCCUCUCCACGGCCAUAAGCCAGAGAACAACAGAGAAAGGGUUGUGGAGGCGCCUGCUAAGAAGACAGACUCUUCUCCCCCAAUCAACCAACCUUCCCUCUCAUCCUCUUGCUCUUCCUCCUCCUCCUCUUCUGUCAGAGAAGAUGGGAAUGUCAAAGCUGUCCUGCAACAUCAGCCGACUCAGAGAGAGAGUGAAGGGCACAGUCAUGCUGAAAGAGGCAACAGUGGCAGUAACAGCCAUGUGAAACAGGAGAAAACCGGCCCUGCAUACACUCCUCAUUCCUCCAUGACCCCAAGCCCAACCCCCACUCAACAUGGCACUCAUACUCAGCAGCAGCAGCACCACCACCCUCAUGCUAAAUCAAACCAAAGAGGGGGGCGGGAGCACAAGACCGAGACCCAGUGGGGCCCACGACCUGGAAGCAGCAAUACUGGUGGGGGGUCCUCUCAUGGUAGGAGGGCCAACAAUGCAGGAGGUGGGAACCACUCCCGUGGAGGGGAGGACUCCAACGCCCCAUUGGACCACAAACCCUCCAACCAGACAGGAGGCAGCAAUGCCAACAGGAGGGCCGGCCCCAUUAAGAAGCCGGUGCUGAAAGAGAUGAAGAGAGACGGAGGGGAAGCUGAUGGAGGAGAAAAGGCUAUCUUUAGUAAGGAUAAAGAGAAGGAUAGUAGCCAAACCACCUCGGUGAAGCAGGAAGGCUCCUCCACCUCCCAGAACACAUCAGCUCCAUCUAAAGACGAGCCAGCUCAGACAGGCAAACCCAGGAAUGGAGGAAAAGAACGAGGAGGCGGGGGUGGAUCUGGUAGAGGGCCCAAAGAUGGAGAUGCCAUUACUUCAGGAUUUCCAGGUUCCUCUUCCAGGAGGGAAAGGGACCGCUCCUUUGAGAGAGGAGGAGGGCCCUCCAACCACCAUGGGGUCCCCGGCAAGGGCAGUAGAGUCAGUCGCGGACGAGGGGGAGAGUUCUAUGGGCGUGGCCGUGGUUUUCGCGGCACUUACACCGCCGCUGCUGGUCCCACUACCGGCGGGCGGGGCAGAAUGGGUGGUAGGAGCAGCAGAGACUACCGUUCAUCUGUCGGCAGUGGCCACAACCACGAAUCAAAGGGCGAGGGGGCUGGGGGUCGGCACGGUCAGGAUCGGUCCCAGCAUAACCCGGCCAGAGCCAGGAACCGAAGUGAAACCCGAAGCGAGGGCUCAGAGUACGAGGAAAUCCCCAAGAGAAGGAGGGAGAGAGGUUCAGAGACCGGCAGUGAGAGCGGUGCAAGUGACCUCGGUCCCUCUGACAAGGAAGAACACCCGAAACCUAGCACCAAGAAUGGCCCUGACAACGCCAAUGCCACCGGCAGCGUUAACAUGUCGCCUGCACCACCCAGAGGAUCCCAGGCCCGGGUGUUUACACCAAGAGGUGUGCCCUCAAGGAGGGGCAGGGGUGGAGGAAGUGGAGGAGGAAAUAUGUACAGAAGUGGUGGCAAUGUUGGAGGCCCACCAGGGGGACACAGGGGUGGACCCGGUGCUGCCUCUCACGGUGGGACCUCCAAGUCAUCAGGCUCAUCCCGAAAGCAACAAGGCACGCCUCAUACCUCUGGACCCAAAGAAUCGGGCAGGGGAGGAAAUGGAGGAGAGAAGAAAGACAAGAUAGCUGAGGCAAGUCAAACUCAAAAUCAGGGGUCCAAUCCCCCUCAGCCGUCUCUGCUCGCUGCACCUCCUGCCAGUUUAUGUUCCACUGAAAAUGGAGGAGUUGUGACGCAGCAAGCUUUGACCAAUCCUACGCCAAACUCCGGAGGGCCAACCGCUCCUCUUCCCACUAACCGUGGGUUUCCUCCCAGCGGGUUUGAGCGCCCACCCAGACGUCGUCGUCAUGGCCGGUCCCAGCACCAGCAGGACAAGCCCCCCCGCUUCCGCAGACUGAAGGAGCGAGAGAAUGCGGCACGUAUCAACGGAGGAGUAGGGGUCAUUGGUGGAGGAAGGCCCUCCUCCCCUUCCCUGAAUUCAGUUCAGGACAGUAACGGAGCACCUGUCUCAGCCCCUGUCACGGGUAAUGCCCAAAAUACUAACCACACCACAUUAACAACCAACAAUAACAGUGGUGGCGGGCAUCUCGGCAAUGCAAAUAAUCACCACCACCAUCACCACUACAACCAGGGCAACGCUGGACAGACGCACCCCCAGCACCACCACAGCCAUGGAGCAAAGUCCCCCGACUUUACCAACCAGAACUCGGACCAGGCCAAUGAGGAAUGGGAGACUGCCUCCGAGAGCAGCGACUUCACAGAGUUCAGAGACAGGGAGGGAGGAGGUGGGGGGAAGUCCUAUUCUUCUCACCAUCCCCACCACAUGGGAAGGGGUGGAGGGGGAGGCGGAGGCGUGGUCGAUCGCGACAUGUCGGGGAAGGAGCCCUCUGCUAAUAAAAGGAGCUUUUCAAGCCAGCGUCCAGGUAUGGAGCGACAGAACCGAAGGGUCAACCCUGGAGGAGGUGGAGGUGGGGGAGGAGGUGGAGGAGGGGGCGGAGGGGGAGGAAGAGGCCCACGAGGGCCGCCCGGAGGCGGUUCCGGUGGGCCUGGAAAUGGAGGAGGCAACCGUGGGGAGAGGCGUGGCAACUGGCCGUCCCCGAAAAAUAGGAAGUGAUGAAAAACAUUUCAGAUGAACCCCCCCCACAUUAAACACCCCUUCUUACAUCCUAAUCCCUUUUUGAUAAUUACUUCAUGGCUUAUCUGUUGGCUUCCCUCAACAUAUUAGUGCAUUGAACAGUUCAUGGAGAUGGUAUUUACCUUCACUUCACCGCUUCCCCUUAGCAUCUACCCACUAUCUACCGUCCGUUAUUGUAAAUUUCUCCGUUUGUUCGGUCUUGCUCUCCGUUCUGUUGUGCUCCCCUACCCCAUCCCCCCAUGCCUCCCUUAUCUUCCCUCAAGAACCUCACCCCAGUUGGUUUUGACAAGCAUGUGGUUCUGCAAAUGGGAGGUGCACGACGUUUUGACAAAAGACAUUCACACAGAGAUCCACACACACUCACAUAUACAAGCACAAAUACGACAUCUUUACGAACACACGGAGCACAUGCAAUCAUGUGGGUGCAAAAAGAAAAACGUGGGAUAAAUUGGCAAAAAUGGAUUGGGCAAAUUUUUAUAUUUAUGUACCUGUGUAUAUUUCUACCACCACACUUUGGCCUUGGGUGGUAUUCAGUAGUGCAGUGCUGCAUUACUUCCUUCACAAAGGGAAAAAGCUGCAGCUUCAUCUUUUAACGUGAACAAUUUACCACAAGAUGUUUUCUCUUUGUGUCUUUUUUUUGGCCUUGGUGUCAGAUGAGUUUCAGGCUCUGGGAAAUGUUAGGGGUGUGGGUAUUUUCUUCUAAAACGCAGGUCAUUAAAAUACCUUUUUAAUAAGUUCCCCAAAUCCCCUUUUUGCUGACUUUUUGGUCUCUUGCAAACUAUGUCUCUGAUUACUGUGAUAAGACCCAUCAGUACUACUGCUUAGUGCUCACCUACAUUUUGCAUUGAUCACGUUGAUUUGUCUUUAAUAUCAAUGUUUCUGCUGCUUGUUCAGAUAGAUGGUGUGAUUUUGUCCCAACCCCUAAAAGUUGUUGACCUGCUCUGACAUUUCAUUUGGUAGUGGUUGGUCCUUUUUUGGGGGGGAAAUUAAGGCUUUUUAGCCUCAUCGUAGCAUCCUCCUUAAGUUCUGCAUCAGUUUCCCCAAGUUUUAUCUCUCAUUUGUGAGUUUUGUUUACCCUUUGAAGACUGUAUUAUUAGCUUAAUGGCUUUAUUUUAACAACCAUUAUUUCCUCAGUGACUUCCAUUUUUAUGGAAACACUUUUUUUUCUCUGAAGAUGAAACACCUAUCAAUCUUGUAAGGGGGAAAACGAGUUAAGUGAAAAUGUAGGUCAUAGAAUAAAGAAAAAAAAGUUUGACUUUCAUAAAAGUUGUUUAUGCUUCAAUAGGUAAUUAAAUGUAUGUUCUAAUAAGCACUCCUGUAGUAUAACACAAAUCCCAUUGUUGCUGGUUUUUUUUCCUUUGUAUUUUUUUUUUGGGCAAGUUACAUGUAAUGCAUCAGAACAGGUACUCUGUCUGGGCCCAGAGUACAGAGAUAAGAAUGAAUAUUGUACUAAAACACCCCCCUCUGUGUGCUCUUGUGGAGACUCCUCACACUGAGAAAGGACUAAUACCAAGCGCUCUGAGUCUGACAGUACUUUUCAAGGAGUGUGUUCAUGAGCUGUUCCAGUACAACCAGAAGCCCAAACUAAUUGAUUUCAGGACAGUGCUGCAACAGUGUCCAAGAUUUCACCCGCAACAAAUAAUGCAGACCUGGAGUGUUGUGAAACUAUUUGGAUUGAUGUAGAAUUACACAUGUAAACAUAGUUUGUAUCAUACUUAAAAAACAUGAAAUGGCACACAGACGGAAUCCAACUCAACUCGAUUUAUACAUUUGCAUCAAUUCUGUCACUGCUGUAAGUUGGGGUUUGUUUGUUUACUGACAACAGUUUGAAGAUGAGAUGUUGUGAGUAGGGCAUUUGAUGAUUUGUGUAUGUCGUGUGUGCGUGCGUGCUGGUGUGUAUGUGUGUGUGGCAUGUGUGCGUUUUCCGGUGUUCGCAUAAUAACACGGGGGAAGGGGUGGGGGACCAGAGGGGUUUAACAUGAAUGGCAAGCACUUUUCUGCCUUGUUUGCCCACAUGUGAUUUAACCAACAUUAAGACAAUUCUACUGUUUCUUAAAUACAUCCACAUGUAUACGCUCAGCUGUGUUUACAUGUUCAACAUCCAAAUGAAGAACACGCAGUCGAGAACUUCACCCUUUUUUUUUUGUGUAAUUUAAUCAUACAUUCUUAUGCAGGCAAGUGAAGUUGGACAUAUUUUAUUUUUCUCACUUCUAAGCAUGAACACACACCCAUGGGGUGCUUGCCUUGCCUGUUUAUACAUUAAUAGCUGUACACUUAAACACCGGCUCAAAGAGUCCUUCAUCCCUCCUUUACUCUUAAUGUUGAUGUUCGCAUUAUUUUAUGUACCCAUGUUAAAAGAAAGCAAAAUUAGUGUAUUCCAGAAAGAAAUUACUCAAAGAUUGUACUAUGUUUCCAGCAUUACCAAGGUACCUGGAGUGGUUCAAACUUUUUUUUUUAGCAUUUAUGGUUUUAUUAAUUGAACCGUAAUAUACACACAUGUAUGUAUAUUGGUAUGUAUCUAAGUUUUGUCUACCCCAACUUACAUUCCCACAAACAAAUGUUGCCAUUUUUAGUUCAAGGGAGCAAUGUACAAGCAGAGAAGUGUCUUAUUAUAAUAAAGUUAUACAGAGAAGGCAAAGUUAAAUAAACUACUUUUGAUUUAAUGGAAAAUGAAA